AUGGCUAUUAGCCAGUGGUGUCGCCUCCGGACCAUCGGCCACGGCUCCACCGCCACCGUCUCCCUCGCCAUGACCUACCCCUCCGGACACCUUUUCUCCGUCAAGUCCUCCGAGCUCUCUCUCUCCGCUCUCGUGAGGAGAGAGCAGGCCAUUCUCUCUUCUUUGCACCACCCCAACAUCGUCUCCUGCCUCGGCUUCAACGUCGCCGCCGAAGCUCCUCACGGCCGUCUCUUCUACCACCUCUUUUUGGAGUACGCUCCCGGGGGUUCGCUCUCGGAUUGUAUGAAGAAGCACGGUGGCCUCCUGGAAGAGGCCGUGAUCCGGUCCUACACGCACGACAUCCUUCAUGGCCUCGCUCACCUCCACGCCAUGUUCGUGGCGCAUUGCGACGUCAAGAGCCAGAACAUCCUGAUAUGGCCGGAGGGACGCGCCAAGAUCGCGGAUCUCGGUUGCGCGCGGUCGGCCGCGGGCGACGACGAUGCCCGGUGGCCGAUCAUGGGCACGCCAAUGUUCAUGGCGCCGGAGGUGGCGCGCGGGGAGGAGCAGGGCGCCCCGGCCGAUAUAUGGUCGCUUGGGUGCACGGUCAUUGAAAUGGCCACCGGUCGACCGCCUUGGCCUGACGUCGUCGACCCGGUCGCAGCCCUGCACCGCGUUGGAUUCUCCUCCGAAGUCCCGAACCGCCCCGGCUGGUUGUCGGAAGCCGGCAAGGACUUCUUGGACAAGUGCUUGAGGAGAGACCCGAGAGAGCGGUGGACGGCGGAGCAGUUGCUGGAGCACCCCUUCGUGGCGAAGACGAGUCCAGCGGACUGUUGCUUCCUGGAGAGCACUUCGAAUCAGGUGGUGGUCUCCCCAAAGAGCACACUGGAGCAGGGUUUAUGGGACCCUGUAGCAGAGGAGGAAGAAGGAGAAGAGGUGGCACGUCGAUCCGACAGCCCGGCGGAGAGGAUGCAGCAAUUGGCAGGUGACGGCUUUCCGGCCAUCGAUUGGAGGUGGGGCGACAACUGGAUCACAGUUAGGAGCAGCGAAGAGGAAUCUGCAUAUGCUACAGUACAUGAUGACGAUGAACUCAACACCAACAGCAUCAUCGAUCACAUUACUUCAGAGGCAAAGCAUGGUGUUCCAGAAUCUAACCAUUCUCGGGGGCGUUCCCUCCCUCGGCCUCUCGUCUCUCUCAACACCGAACCCCAUGGCCGACGAGAACCCGCCUCCGCCUCCGCCUCCGAUUCCAGCCACCGCGAUAUUCUCCUCGAGGAGAUCCGAUUCCCGAAGGAAGAGCGGUCCUCCCUGCAACACGACCUCUUCGACGCCCGCGAGAAGCUCGCCGCCGUCGAGUCGGAGCACGUGGCCAAGAUCAAGGAUCUGAACUCCUCCGCCAAGCAUCCCGAGGAGGCGGUCACCGCCCUGGAGAAGAAGGCGAAGGAUGCGGCGGAGGAGCACAAGAGGAGCGUGGAGGAGCAGUUCUCUGCCGUGGGGACUGCAAUAGCGCGGUUCGUCCAGCUGACCAUCGAAUUGAAGUCCGACGCCGACAGAUCGGCGCGCUUCCCCACCCUGGGAACGAUCGGAUUCGCGGGCGUGGCGGCGGCGAUGACGCUCCUCCGCAAUCUCGUCAGGCGGCGGUAA